UUGAAGACUGGAUUUUGAUUGCGAACUACAUUUCCCAGAAGGCGCCGGGGCUGUGUUGGCCACGCGCCUCUGUGGUUCGUUCUUGGUGGGUCAGCCCCCCGCAGGUGAAUUAGUUGCCUCCUGGCAAGAAUUCGACGCGAGGUGAGAAGGAGCCGGAGUCUUGGAGGUAAGUGUCAUACUGAGGCUGCCUCCUAAUAUGAGGACUCCCGAGCCAGGGGCGCUUCGUGUCCAGAGCCAAAGGCCUACAAGAGGCACAGAGGAGGGGUUUUGCUUGAUGGGUGGGGUGUAUGGGUGCAUCUGUCAGGACCAGGUCGGCCCCAGAGAUGGUGGAUGCGGUUGAGAGACUGGAGCUUGGCUGUAAUGCGUGUCAUUGGCCCGCGUUGCUGCUGCUCCCCCCGCACUCCCAUCACAGUUCCCAGUGACUGCAAAGAACAGUGUCCCCAAGAGCGAAGUCAAGAUCGACCCUUCAGAUGAAGGUUCCCGGCGAAAAGGCAGGUCUUGGGUUUGGGGUGGGACUUUUUUUAGAGCGAGAAGUGACCCUAAGAUAGACUCCUGUGACGGGAUGAUGAGAGGGUCCCUGUAGUUGUGGAUGCCGCUUCUCUCUCUCUCUCUCUUUCUCUCUCUCUCUCUCUUUUAACCACAGCUUUCGUACUGUAAUCCUGUCACCAACCUCUAUUUAUCGUUUUUAAAAAAAAAAAGUAGGAUCCGCAAGAUUGCUCACCUGGGAUGCUGCCUGCUUUGUCACAAAGGGAGCCCAGAGCAUUCUGGGAGCUGUAAUACUAGCUGUGGGAGGACGCCUCAUGGACAAGUGCAUUUUGCAGUAGAAAAGCCCUGGUUUCUCUGGACUCUGUUUCUCCAGUGGAGGAAGCCCAAGGAGAACUGGCAGGUUCUUCCAACUCUGAAACCAGCCAUGGCCCUUAUAUCCUUGGAAUUCAGGGACGUGGCCAUCGACUUCUCCCCAGAGGAGUGGGAGUACCUUGGUCCCUCUCAGAAAGCCUUGUACAGGGAUGUGAUGUUGGAGAACUACAGCAACCUGGUCUCAUUAGGGUGUUCCAUUCCUAAGCCAGAGGUGAUUACUUUGUUGGAGCAAGAGAAAGAGCCCUGGAUGAUAAAGAGAGAAGGGACCAGAAGUGUGUGCACAGAUUUGGAGUCUAACUAUGUGACUGAGAAGUUAUUUCCAGAAACUGAGAUUUAUGACACCUAUUUGCCUCAAAUGCAGACAGUGGAAACCAAUAGGAUCUAUAUCCACAAGGACAAUAUUCUCAGAAAUAAUUUGCAAUAUAAAUAUGAAUUAGAGAGACAAGAAUAUCAGAUGGAAUGUGUUAGUCAAAUGAUAAUCCAAAAGCACGUCUCUCUUCCUCUGCAUCACAAAAUCCAUACAAGAGAGAAACCUUAUGAAUGUAAGCAAUGUGGGAAGGCUUUUAGACAACAGUCAUACCUAAUUCAGCAUACAAGGAUUCACACUGGGGAGAGACCCUAUAAAUGUAAGGAAUGUGGGAAGGCUUUUUGUCGUGUGGGAGAGCUCAGAGUACAUCAAACAAUUCAUGCUGGGGAAAGACCCCAUCAAUGUAACGAUUGUGGAAAGACUUUUAGACUUCAUUAUCACCUCACUGAACAUCAGAGAAUACAUUCUGGCAUAAAACCCUAUGUGUGUGAAGAAUGUGGGAAGGCUUUCAUACGUGUUAGAGACCUUAGAAUACACCAGACAAUUCAUGCUGAGGAGAGACCUUAUGAGUGUAAGGAAUGUGGGAAGGCCUUUAGACUGCGUUAUCAACUUACUGAACAUCAAAGAGUCCAUACUGGUGAGAGACCUUAUGAAUGUAAAAUAUGUGGAAAGACUUUUAGGGUACAACGACAUGUUAGUCAACAUCAGAAAAUUCACAUUGGUAUAAAACCUUAUAAAUGUAAUGAAUGCGGGAAGGCCUUUAGCCAUGGCUCAUACCUAGUUCAACAUCAGAAAAUUCACACUGGUGAUAGACCCUAUAAGUGUGAAGAAUGUGGCAAAUCCUUUAAUUUUCAUGCAGAACUGACACGCCAUUAUAGAAUCCACACUGGUGAGAAACCCUACGCGUGCAAAGAGUGUGGAAAAACCUUUCGUCUUCAAACAGAACUCACUCGCCACCAUAGACUUCACACUGGCGAGAAACCCUAUGAAUGUAAAGAGUGUGGGAAGGCUUUUAUUUGUGGCUAUCAACUGACUUUACAUCUGAGAGUUCAUACUGGUGAGAGUCCCUUUGAAUGUAAGGAAUGUGGGAAAAAUUUUAGUAGUCGCUAUCAUCUUACCCAACAUUACAGAAUUCACACUGGUGAGAAACCCUAUGAAUGUAAGGAAUGUGGGAAAGCCUUUCGUCUUCGAGCAGAACUUACCCGCCACCACAGAAUUCAUUCUUGUGAGAAACCUUAUGAAUGUAAGGAGUGCGGGAAGACGUUUAUUCGUAGCGGUCAUCUCUCAUCACACCAGCGAAUUCACACUCACGAAAACACUUACGAAUGUAAGGAAUGUGGGAAGAUUUUUAGUCGCCGCUACAAUCUCACCCAACAUUAUAAAAUUCACACCGGUGAGAAACCCUAUGAAUGUAAUGAAUGUGGGAAAGUCUUUCGAUUUCAGACCGAACUUACUCAGCAUCACAGAGUUCAUACAGGUGAAAAACCCUAUAAAUGUCAAGAAUGUGGAAAAGCCUUUAUUCGUAGCAAUCAUCUAACUCAACACUACAGAAUCCACACUGGUGAGAAACCCUAUGAGUGUAAGGAAUGUGGGAAGGCCUUUAGUCGACAUUAUCAUCUAACUCAACAUCACAGGAUCCAUACUGGUGAGAAACCCUACAUGUGUAGUGAAUGUGGGGAUGCUUUUAUUUGUAGUUAUCAACUUACCUUCCAUCAAAGAAUUCACACAGGUGAGAUUCCCUAUGAAUGUAAGGAAUGUGGAAAAAGCUUUAGUCGUCAGUAUCAUCUUACUCAACAUUUUAGGCUUCAUACUGGUGAAAAACCUUACGAAUGUAAACAGUGUGGGGAUGCCUUUCGUCUUCAAGCAGAACUUACUCGACAUUACACAAUUCAUACUGGUGAAAAGCCCUAUAAGUGUAAAGAAUGUGGGAAGGCCUUUAGUGUUAAUUCAGAACUUACUAGGCAUCACCGAAUUCAUACUGGUGAAAAACCCUCUAAACAUGAGGAGUGUGAAAAAGCCUUUAUUCACAGCAAUCAACUAACUUUACAUCAGCGAAGUCAUGAUAGUGAAGGAACCCUAUGCGUAACGUAGAGAGCAGAAAAUGUCUUUUGGAAUAGCGGAGAACUCAUCAUAAUUAAGAAGAAAUAUUAUUUGUUUAAAAAAAAGGAGAGAAAAUUUUUUUGUUGUUUGGAGAACAAUGGUCUCUCAAGAUGUAAGUAUAUAUUUCAUGCUUUAAAUUUAACAGAAAUAGCUUUACACAUUGUAUAUUAAGGGGGAAAGUUGAAAUGGUGUAGUAUCCCCUGGUCUUGGUCAAAUUUCAGUUUAUUGGUACAGGUGCAGUACAUCUCCAACCAAAGUGAAGGUCCCCUUCACAAUAUGGUUGACUAGUAGUACCCUUAUACAAAAUACAAUACAAUAAAAAUUACCAGAAAAAUUAAAUGGAAUAAAAGAAACACAAAAUGAAA